GUAAGUGAGGAAACCAUCAGCUCUGCAGCUCUGAACUGAAGCAGCUAUUCACAAUACUCAACAGAAAUACACUUGAUUGUUUGGACGGAGACAUCAUGAAUUCAACCCAGGUGGCAGAAAUAAAGAAUGACACCAUGAGUCAGACAUCAAGGUCAUCAUCUUGCAAGGACGCAGUGUGUAUUUUCUAUGCAAUUGCAGAAGUGAUCAUCUGUGUCCUGGGUAUUGCUGGAAAUGGUUUGGUGAUCUGGAUAACAGGAUAUAAUGUGAAAAAGACAGUCAUCAGCACCUGGUACCUUAGUCUGGCUGUGUCUGACAUCAUAUUCUGCUUCACACUGCCCUUCAGUGUCGUCUUUGUGGUCAAGAAAGCCUGGCCAUUCGGGCUCUUCAUGUGCAAGUUCAGAUCUUUCAUUCUGUGGCUCAACAUGUACAGCAGCAUCUUCCUCCUCGUCAUCAUCAGUGUGGACCGCUGUGUGCUUGUUAUGUUUCCUGUGUGGGCUCACAACAAGCGCACCAUAAGAAAGGCUUCAGUUAUAGUUGUGUUCGCUUGGAUCAUUGCAGCAGUGUGUAGCACACCGUCGGCUGUUUUCCGAGUCAUUAAACAUUCUACCUACAAGAAAACAACGUGCAGCUACAAAUAUAGUUAUAGGAAAAAUUAUAUUGCCACUGUAACAUGCCGAUUUGUUUCUUCAUUUGUGAUCCCGUUCCUGAUCAUUUUCAUCUGUUUUGUUGUCAUCUUACAAAAGCUGAAGUCCAACCACAGGGUGAGGUUCAAAAAGCCGUUCAAAAUCAUGACUGUGCUGAUUGUUAAUUUCUUGAUCUGCUGGCUACCAUAUCACACUCUUCUUUUGAUUCAAUUACAUAAGUACAAAUUAUCAAUAGCCAUACAGCGAUUUUGUUUCAUUCUUGUCAGUGCCAACAGCUGCCUGAACCCAUUUCUUUAUGCAUUCAUGGGGAAAGACAUUAAGGAGCAAUGUUAUGCCUUUCGAUUAAAGAUUGAGAACGCAAUCAAGGAGGAGGAGGACCAGAAUACCAGCCAAGGGACAGCUAUUGCUAACUCUGGUGAAAGUCAACAUUCAACUAGUAUUUAGGUAGCAUCAAGAAAAUACAUAUUAAAUCCUAAUUUUACACAAACUGUAACGCGGAGCGAGGUAGCGGACGCAUGUGCGGAGAAAG